AUGUUGCGAUUGAUCUUCUACCAAUCGCCAGAAGGUGAUGGAGGUCGCGAUUGGUCUUCUACCAAUCGCCAGAAGCCUAUAUUCGAUGUUGAUGAUUAUUCUAACAACACAGAUCUAUCGCAUUUGAUGUAUCAUGAGCAAGAAAACAAAUCGAAGAAGAAAAGUAAGGCAUUGAAAAAUAAUUUACUCAUCAAAGGCCAAUGGAUGGAAGAAGAAGACAGGAGACUUUUGAAAUUAGUGCGACAGUAUGAAGAUAAAAAAUGGUCAAAAAUUGCUGAGAAUAUGAUUGCUAGGGCUGGGAAGCAGUGUCGUGAGAGAUGGUUUAAUCAUUUGAAGCCUGAUAUUAAGAAAGAUAGCUGGAAUGAAGAAGAAGAAAUUAUGUUAAUAGAGGCUCACAAGAAGAUUGGCAAUCGAUGGGCGGAGAUUGCCAAACGAAUCCCAGGAAGAACAGAGAACUCAAUAAAAAAUCAUUGGAACGCGGCGAAGAGAAAACAAAAUGCAAAAAGAAAUAUGAAAAAAUCGUCGCAAGAAGUUCAAACUCUAAAGGCAACUAUUCUCCAAGUUUAUAUAAAGAAUAACAAUCUUGACAAUGCUACGACGAGUUCAAAAAUUGUUGAUGCCAACUUUGUCGGCUCUUCAGUUAUGACCGAUGAUAUUGUAUUGACUCAUUCGCCAAAUGAUGACGGAAAUUUGUUCGAGCUAACGACGAAGGACACUUAUCACGACGAGCUGAACUUUAUGAUCGAUCUUUUCAACAAUAAAAGUGAUCAGAAUGUCAAUUGUGCGACCCAUAAAGCUCAAGAAUCGAACAUCGCAAUCAAUACUCAUAUAGCACCGGAUCAAUAUUUUGCAGAAUUAGGAAUAAACGCUGCAGCGGGAGAACUAGAGCAUUCGGAUGAGCGCUGGAUUCUCAUCCAACGCAGAAGUAGCCUGCAUCGCCCGCUAUUGCAGAAGAAUAUGUGUGCACGAAGCAACGGAUCACCAAACGGCCGCUUCAACGAUGUCUCCUCCAACGCGGACGGAACACUCGCACGCUGA